AAGUCUCCUCUCCAAGUCCAUUAAUCUCUCCAUUUUUUUUUCCAAGGGAAUCCAGCUAAUUUUACAGAAACUUUUGAGCUGCUCACACAGCCAUGCAAAAAGGAUCAUUUCCAAGAUGCUCAAAUUUCAGGGAAAUGGAAAUUUAAAUAAUUUCAGAAGAAAAGGAAAGCUUUGUAAUGAUUAAAUUACAUUUGGUGAUGCUCUUCUCUACUAGGAAAUAUAUUCUACUGGGAUUGGAAAUACAGGGGCAAGCUUGUCCCUUGUAAGGUUCUAGAUAAAACACCUUUGUGUGGAAUCUCAGAAAUGGUGAGAGGACUGGGAACCAUGGGUACAUCAGGGUAACUCCCACUCAGGCAUCCUCUGUAGUGCAUAACAACUCAGAAGAUCAAGACAUGCCUCUGACUUUAUAAAUAUUUAAUGAGUACAUUUACAAAUACAAAAAGUGCUCUGCUGUAUUGUACAACCUGGGGGAUACAGCCAACAUUUGCAACAACUGUGAAUGGAAAGUAACCUUUUAAAAGUAUAUAAAAUUUCUAAUUAAAAAUAAAAAGAAAAAUAUUCUUAAUGACUAGAAUUAGAGAAAUUAAAAAUUUUAAAACUAAAAAAAAAUGUGUUACAUGGUGCCCUCUGUCUCAUUCCAACCCACCUCUAUUUCUGCAAACACAAAUGUACAGAGAUACAUGCACAGUGAUGAGUAGCAAGGUUACAGGAGAGAGGAGAAAAGUGGAGAACAGGGCUGGUUUACACCUGGGGAGCAUUGGUGUAACAGCCCUUGCGGUUAACAGCCAGCAGUUGUUCUGAUUGGUAGAUGUUUUAAGUAGCAACAAUUGUUAAAUAUUUUGAAUAACAUCACAGGUUAUUUAACCCAUUUUAUUCAGGGCUAAGCGCCUUCUACCCUUUUACCCUACGAUAUCCUUGAGAUCAGAACCAUCUGUUUGGGAGUUUGGGAUUCUGUUAUUCCUGAAGGUAAUUAAGAGACAUUGAACUGGGUAUUUAUUGAAUGGUUUGAUUUGUAUAUGACAUUGAAUUCUACCUGAAUGUUUUAGAGUUUGACUUGAAGAGCUUAUAACUUGUUAUCGGCCAAUGAGUGCCUCUCAGGAAAUCUCCUGAGUAAGAGAGAAGGAUACUUUUCACAUAUCAAUAUUUUUUAAAGUAGACUUUUAAAACAAACCAUCAACUUAAUCAUCUAUUUAUUAGAGUUGCAGUUAUCCAGACAAGCUGUGGCAAAGUCCUACAAUUUCUAUUCCAAUAAAAUAAAUACUGAUAAAUCUGCAACAUUUGCCUAUAACUGCAAUGUUUUAGGCAAAUAAAGAGAAAGCAACACAACUUUCAUUCACUGACAUUCCUUAUUCUGGUUCUACCUUUUUUGCCUUGCUUUUCUCCCUUAAAUUCAUAAAGCCCAAGCUUUCUUCACAGCUCAGCCUGCAUAUUGUUUCUCCCCUCAUCACAAAUCACCAUGAAAUACUUUUCUCAAAGACAAGCACAUCCACAAGAUACUGUUUAACCCUGGACAAUUACAGUUGAAAUUUUCUGGCUAGAGGCAGGGGCAGUACAGCCCAGAUCUACUCUCAAGUUGCACAUGAGGACUUCAUUAAGAGUUCAAAAUAAUGCAAGACUAAACCCUUUCAUCAUUUGCAAAUGUUCACUCUCAGAUCAAUUUUCAUACUGUUUUCAUUCACCUUAGUUGUUCAUGAUACAAGUGUAAAAGUAGUAUACAGGACUUUGAAAUCAUGGGACUCCCCUUUCCUGUGACAAAUUGACUAUGUAGCUUCAUUCACAUUCAGGGGGACAAGUCUACAGCUUCUAAUCAUCCUCAUUGUAAUGAUCCUGUUAAGUCAAAACUGAGCAACUUUAUAAAAGAUCAAGUGAUAUCAAAUCCAUACAGAGAUAGAACAAGCCAAUUAACAGCCUAUCACCCCAUAUUAGCUUUCAUAGAGAACCUGGCUUCUCACUGUGCUUUAGCUCUCACAUUUGGAAUUAAUGAUCAGGACUCGUGAAGCACAGAUCUGGUUUUAAUUCUUACACAUGUAAUAUUCCAUACACCCUACUUCUCUCAGGAACAAAAUCGUAGACUAUCAUAUGCUGCCGCCUCUUAGAAAUUCACUGUAUGUCUAUGAUUUCCUUCUUAAAAAGUAGGAUCUAGUUAAGGAAUACUGUGUCAGUUUCACAGGUAUGUGAACACUUCAAAAGUUUUACCUUUUACACCAGGAAAUAAGUCUCAUCCAAUACCCGGGUAGUAAUAUUCCCAAUUAAGGGAGAAGUCAAAUUAAAAGCUCCUCCUCUUCUACCUACUUCCCCUCCCUGAAUUCCUUCAUUAUCUGUCUUUAUGCCUCAGAUAGCAAUUUAGGAGACAACUUUAGUUUCUCUUUAUUUCUCUCUCUGAUCAUAUUGGUGCUUGUUACUAAAGAGGGGUGCCUGUAUAACUGCAUUCCUAGCCAAGGGUUUUAUGCAUUUACUUACAAUUUGUAGGGAAUCACUGAAGGAGGAUACAGUUACAACUCAUUUGGGUAUAGAAAAUGGGUUGUAAUGAUUGAGACUUGCAGUUUGGAAACUGGUGUGAGGCUGUUGCUAGGGUCUGACUAUGGUGGUGGAGACCAGUGAACAGAGUUUAUGGGAGUCAUGGGCACUGGAUGUUGGGCACAAGGAAAUGCAUGAAAUCAAGGACCAUCCCUUGUUUCUUGUUUGGGUAACUCAUGGAUAAUUAUGUCACUUUCAUGGGAAUGCAAGGAGUUUGAAAGGAAAAAUAAUUCAUUUAGAGGAGUUCUAUGCUUCAUCAAAUUCAUUAGACUACAAAUCAUCAUUACUACAUGUUAAGUGAUUAUGUGAAGUUCCAGAGAUACAUACAUUAAAACAUUAUCCAUACCUGAAAGGGGUUUAGGAUCAGGCUCGGUUGUUAGACCAUGUAUAUACAUAGAUAAAAAAUGUGUGGCAGACACACAAAGUGCUAAAAGGGUGGUCUGGGUAAUAAAUUUUCUAGGCACUCAAAACCUACUUUUAUCUGGCCUUAUUUUCACUUCCUCAGAAGCUCAAACUCCAGCUGAAUUAAAUUAUUACAUUCUUUAUUCUUUAGCUACCCCUAAAUUUUUCUGUCUCUAUGUCUUGUUUAAAUCUGCUUUCUCUGCCUGUUUGGGUUUUUGUUUUUCAAAACCCUAUUUGGUUUUCAAAUUUCAGGUCAGAAUACAAAUCCUUCCCUCAUCCCCAAUCAGAAAUGAUCUUUUAUGAAGCUCCGUAUGUGUACCAUUUUGUCGCACUUUAACCCAGUCUGCAUUGUAGCUCUUUUAGCACAUGUCUUAUAUCAUUCAUACUACUCUCUUCCCCCUCCCCACCACGCUCAGUUUCUUCUAAUGGAACCAUAUCUCAUCCGGCUCACCCAUAUGUGCAUUCCUUGUAAUGCCUUAGCUCUUAAAACAUGUAUGUAUGUGUUUUUAACUUGCUGUCAGACUGGAGGUAAAUCAGAAACAAUGAUAAUAAUCAGCAUGUAAGAUGACACUUGAAACUUCUACCUUAUAUUCUCAAUUUCCUGGCAUACAGAUAUGUAAAUUAAAUGCAGUUUACUCUUUUGAGAAGAAGCAUAGCAGGCCAUUCAAGAUGGCUGGUCUCUUGCUCUCUGUACAUCCCCCUGCUCGACCAGGUCCUGCUUCUCUCACAUGCCUCUCCAAUCCUCUUAAUUAUAGGGCCUCAUUAGUAACUGCCUGCCUACGUGCUUGCCCCCUGCCCCAGCUGCUGGUUUCCCUAGUAUCCGAGCCAGUGACGUCAGUUCCUCCUAUAAAUGGUAGCCUCCUGUGCCCCCAUCGUAGGGAUGCUGCCUGUGGUAAACAGUGCGCUGUUGAUUCUGCUCUUUGGUUUAGGAGCCCCUGUCCAAUAAGCCACUGAUGUGUCUGUUGCUGUCUCUAAGUCUUCGGUCCCAAGGCUGGGCAACUACAAGGUUUGCACGCCUGCAGGGUGUAGUCCAACAACGGGUAAGAAGCCAGAAAGCUGAGAAAACUCCUGUGAGUGCCGGGAUAUUAGAAAAUAAGGACAAGGACUGACAAGAUCAUCUUCAAAAAUCAAAAAUGAGGUUCACACUUACACGCUGGUGCUUGACCCUCUUCAUCUUUCUGAAUCGGCCGUUACCAGUUCUUCCUGACAGUGCAGAUGGCGCCCACACUCCAACACUUGAGCCGGAGCCAUUUCUCUACAUUUUAGGGAAACAGCGAAUGUUAGAAGCACAGCACCGAUGCUAUGACCGAAUGCAAAAGUUACCCCCAUACCAAGGAGAAGGUCUGUACUGCAACCGUACCUGGGAUGGAUGGUCCUGCUGGGAUGACACACCGGCUGGAGUGCUCGCCGAGCAGUACUGCCCAGACUACUUUCCUGACUUUGAUGCAGCAGAAAAAGUUACCAAGUACUGUGGUGAAGACGGGGAUUGGUAUCGACACCCUGAGAGCAACAUAUCCUGGUCCAACUACACUAUGUGCAAUGCUUUCACUCCUGACAAACUGCAGAAUGCGUACAUUCUGUACUACUUGGCUAUUGUGGGUCAUUCUUUGUCGAUUUUGACCUUGCUGAUUUCCCUGGGGAUUUUCAUGUUUCUCAGGAGCAUUAGCUGCCAACGGGUGACUCUGCACAAGAACAUGUUUCUGACUUACGUUCUGAAUUCUAUUAUCAUCAUCGUCCACCUGGUUGUGAUCGUGCCCAACGGAGAGCUGGUGAAAAGGGAUCCGCCGAUCUGCAAGGUUCUGCACUUCUUCCACCAGUACAUGAUGUCAUGCAAUUAUUUCUGGAUGCUCUGCGAGGGGGUCUAUCUUCACACUCUGAUCGUGGUGUCCGUGUUCGCUGAGGGACAGCGCCUGUGGUGGUAUCAUGUCCUGGGCUGGGGGUUCCCGCUGAUUCCAACUACUGCUCAUGCCAUUACUAGGGCAGUGUUGUUCAAUGACAACUGCUGGCUGAGUGUGGACACCAACCUGCUUUACAUCAUCCACGGCCCUGUCAUGGCAGCACUGGUGGUCAACUUCUUCUUUUUGCUCAACAUCCUCCGCGUGCUCGUGAAGAAACUGAAGGAAAGCCAGGAGGCGGAAUCCCACAUGUACCUGAAGGCAGUGCGGGCCACUCUGAUCUUGGUGCCCCUGCUGGGCGUCCAGUUUGUCGUCCUUCCCUGGAGGCCUUCCACCCCACUGCUUGGGAAGAUCUACGACUACGUGGUGCACUCUCUGAUCCACUUCCAGGGAUUCUUCGUUGCGAUUAUCUACUGCUUCUGCAACCACGAGGUUCAGGGAGCCCUGAAGCGCCAGUGGAACCAAUACCAGGCCCAGCGCUGGGCUGGCCGCCGCUCCACCCGGGCCGCCAACGCUGCGGCCGCCACUGCCGCUGCCGCCGCCGCCCUGGCCGAGACUGUGGAGAUCCCUGUCUACAUCUGCCACCAGGAGCCGAGGGAGGAACCCGCCGGCGAAGAGCCGGUCGUGGAGGUGGAGGGUGUUGAGGUCAUCGCCAUGGAAGUCCUCGAGCAAGAGACAUCUGCCUGAACGUGACGCAAAUACAGCAUCGUGAUCACUGAGUCCUCACUUCCCGGGAGAAAGACCAACCUUGCAUCCAAAAUGAUUUCCAUCCUCCCCGGGGGCAACAUCUCAUUUGUGAGAAUUAUUCAGUGAAUUUUUCCAUCGUGAACCUGAAGUAAGUUUUACUUGGUACUCUUGCUACGGGAGACAGUCUCGGAAUGGAGUCUCCCUCUGCAACCCUUGUGAACUCCUGUGAAUUCCAUCUUUCAUCCAGGACUGAGAUACAAAUGUCAGAGUAAAGCAAGCAAAGAUCCAAGUAAAACGUAAUUCAAGUUGACCUAGUUCAGAAGCAGGGUGCUCCUUGUUAACCUUGAGCCAUUUAUACCUUUGAAAAAUCAAAAUCACCGUCAGUAUUUUUUUUUUUUCUUUUUAACUCUAAACUUUGAAUUAGGAUAUUUCUAUUUGGCUAUGGAUCUGAUUUUUAAUUUUUUUUUAAUUUCAACCAAUCCUGAUGUUACUCAAAUGUUUUACCAUUCACAAAUCACAACGUGACCUCCCCAAGACAAAGUGGCUAUCUAAUAGACAGACACACUAGGUGUGCAGGGAAAAGAACUGCAUAUGGCAGGAGGAAGUAAUGCUUUUGAAUGAAAAAAAAUUUAGAGUUCAAGUUUGCCAAUUUGUUACUGGGUUUACUAAUAUUGUCCGCUCAGCUUGGUUUUGGAUUAUCCUGUCUGUUGGGCAGGCCCCGACUGCAGUAAAGAAUUGGCUUUCAAGUUGAAUGUGCUUUAGUGACUAACAUUUAAAAAUUUGGAGGUCACAAAGAAUCCAUCACCAAAUUUUUCACAAAAACUGCCAAAAAGAUAAUUCCUAGUGUAAAAGAAUACCUACUUACUCUGGGAAAGAGAGUUUUCCAAUUUCCUAAACUCCAGAAUUUAUAAAGCAAAUCACUCUAAGGUUUAUAAAGCAAAUUACCUCUUGCCCUUGGGUGCUAUCUAGCAGUAAAAGAUAAAUUUGUUUAAGACUGGUAAUUAAAAGACUCCAUAUAAGUCCAUUAACUGCUUUCCACCCAGCUUCAAAGCUUAACAAGAUCUCAGCCUUUUCCAGGAAGAUUCAGUAGGACUAAUUAGAAAUCAGUUUGUAGUUGACCUCUUGUUUUCUGCUAUUAGUGAAACAGGAGGGGGGAAAAUUGUAGCUGCUUCAAAUUUAACUGUAUACUAGUUCAUUGAAAAUAAAAGUAGAGUUCCUCAUUAAAAUCCAAUAUUAUAUUCCCAUAGCUCCCUUUACCUCCUUCAAUAUAAAAAUCUCCAAAAAUCCUGAAUAGACCAAUAUCACUACUAGCACCUGAAAUUAAUUUGUGAAUUUGCAACAGGAAUCAGUUACCAUUGUUUCAUCUGUAUGCUAAAUGAGGGGCUGCAUUGAAGCCCUCCACAUCUCACAUGUCAUCUUUGUAUCUUCUGCUACUGCCUUUCAGAGAUGAUCUAGUUUUGGAAAGACAAAAAAAAAAAAAAAAAAAAAAAAAAAAUAGAGAUUUGUUCUGGUUGUAUUUUUGGUGCACUUAAAGAAAAUUAUAUUCUUUCAGAGAAAAUGUAUUUUGGAUACUAAAGAUUAAGCCUAUUUUACUUGAACGUCAGGGAAGAUUUGAAAAGAGGGUAUUUUUCCAAUUACAAUGUUUAUGUAGUAGUAAUCCUAUUUUUGUUUACAAAUGUGGAAAACAGAGUAUUUCUGGCAGCUGUAGUACAAAUGUGAUAAUAUAUUGCUGAAAUAUUCUUGAUGCUCUUGUGCUAAUAUAGUAGUGGCUGAAGAAAACCAAACAGCUUACUAUAGAAUUGUGCACAGUGCCAAAAUUAUGUGAAAUGCUUCUGCUAUCUACAUGUAUGAAUUAAUACAGAGUAUGUGAUAAGCAAAA